AUGAUAGAGGAACUGGUAACAACUGAAGCUCAGAAACUGCUGCAGCAGCUGAAUGUUCUGUUGGAACAGGAGUCCAGAUGUCAGCCAAAGGUCUGUGGCUUGAGACUAAUUGAAUCUGCUCAUGAUACUGGCCUUUGGAUGACUGCAAGACUGAGAGACUUUGAAGUGAAAGACCUUCUUAGCCUAACUCAGUCCUUUGGUUUUAACACAGAGACUUUCUCUCUAGCUGGGAAUUUACUGGACAGAUUUCUAUCCAAAAUGAAGGUACAGCCCAAACAUCUUGGAUGUGUGGGAUUAAGUUGCUUCUAUCUGGCUGUGAAAUUGACAAAAGAAGAGAGAAAUAUCCCAUUAGCUACUGAUUUGAUCUGAAUAAGUCAAUAUAAAUUCAGAGUUUCUGACCUGAUGAGAAUGGAAAAGAUUGUAUUGGAGAAGGUGUGUUGGAAAGUCAAAGCCACUACUGCCUUUCAGGGUUUUUUUGGUUUUUUUUUUCUACAGCUCUAUUAUUCACUCAUUAUUCAUUUCAUUAUUCAUGAAAACUUACCAUUUGAAAGGAGAAAGAACCUGAGUUUUGAAAGAUUGGAAGCUCAGCUUAAGGCAUGCCACUGUAGAAUGAUAGCCCGUGCCUCUUGUGGGGCUGAUGAGACUAGAACAGAAAUGAAUUGGCGACUCCCCCCCCCAAAACGCCCACCGCUCGGGGCCAGCCUCGCUGGGAUAUCGAGUCUGCGGGAGCCAGAGGGAACACCAACAUCCAGAGGGACGGGGGCGCAGGGGGCUAGCGGCGUAGCUGCGUGGGACUCGGGCACGACUUCUCUGCCCCGGGGAAGCAUCAUCGCGCGGCGCCGGAAUGGCGGGGCCACAGGCAGGGAGCCAGCAGCAGGGGUGGGAAGACGUCUCGUGGGGCCGGCACGGGUCCUCGCGGACGCGGGAGGACACAGAGCGGCUUUAACGGACAGGGCCAAGGGCGCUGGGCGGCCGUGCGGCGGGAGGGGGGGGGAGAGGAGCGGAGCCGCCCGAAGGCGCGGCCGGCGCAGGACCCACAGUCACUGA